CCCUCCCUUCCACUACUACUCCUUCUGCCUGCAGUCACGUUUAGCUCCUGCAUCACGUUGCUUCCACAUCUGGCUGCUCCUCACGCGCGCGGGGACUCUUCUCACCUUCUCCACUUCUUCUGCAGCGGUUCAACCUCUUCACCUGCCCUCCUGCUCCAGUCUCAGCCAUGUUGGUUAUCUUGGCCUUCAUCAUCCUCUUCCACAUCAUUUCAGCGAUACUGCUCUUCGUAGCAACUACCAACAAUGCUUGGUGGGUUGCAAGUAAAGGAAACUUCUACACUGAUCUGUGGUACAACUGUAACGUCACCUGUGUGGAAAUACCCGGCAGUUCAACCGCAGAUGCAGGGUACCUUCAGGCUGUGCAGGCUACUAUGAUCCUCUCCACCAUCUUGUGCUGCGUAGGCUUCUUCGUCUUCAUCCUUCAGCUCUUCCGUCUGAAGCAAGGAGAGAGAUUUGUUUUCACGGCCAUCAUUCAGCUUUUGUCUUCCCUGUGUGUGAUGAUCGGCGCGUCCAUCUACACGGCGGAGCGGGCGAGCUUCCAGGCGAAGGACGUGCAGACCGGCGAGUACGGCUACGCCUUCGUGGUGGCCUGGGUGGCCUUCCCCAUGACCCUCGUCAGCGGCUUGAUGUAUCUAGUGCUGAGGAAACGCAAGUAGGCGACGCUCGACAACAGCCCACCUCACCAGCUGCCACCAGCUACAGCCUUAGCCAAAAGAAUUUAUUUUGUAAAUAUACUUUUUUAAAAAUGUGUAGUUCCAUGCCAAAAUGUUAUGUUGUGAAAAAAAAAACCGACAAAAUAAAAUAAAUCUCAAUAUUAACCGUAGAAUACUGGAAACUAACUUUAGUUUUUCUUCUUUUCAAAGUGAUGUACUAUGUAGUUUUUAACCCUCCUCUUGUUUUAAGCAUUGAAAUUGUGUUGUGCUGUUGGGAAAACGGCAGACUUGAAAAUAAAAGGCAGAAUGAUAUGCGAAAUAAGAAUAUGCUCAUAUAAAACCACUAUUUAGGCUUCAGAGGGGACAUUUAACUGUGGGGAAACAUUAAUACGGCUUCAUAACAGCUACAUGAGCCCCUCACGACAACCGACAUAAACGUUUAUAAAGGCUUUUCAACAGGCGUCAUUUCUUCAUAAAGGGUUACAGCUGUUGACCAUAGUCAUCAAAGCUGUGUACGGUCAGAUCUGAAAAACAAGUAUCUACAAAAUAGUAACUUUGCAGGAGAGGGUAAAAACCCCCGUAUCCUUCAGUGUAACUCAAUGUAAAGAGGUUUUCGUCCAAGUGAUUUUAGAGCAUUUCUAUUGGUCUAUUCAUUCUAAAAUUUUCAUACAACGUAAAGGACCGCUGGUGUGAUGAAAUGAUGUGGAAAAACAAAAAUCGCCAAAAACAUUUAAGCUACAUGCUUUUCUUUGGACAGCGACGAUAUGCAAAUUUCACAGCUUCGUUAUAAGCCUCUUUGGUGCAUCUGUAUGAUCAAACUCAUCUCUGGCAGGAGUGCGUGUAAAUUUAAGCAUAAGUUUUUAUUAAUUAACCAAAACUAGUAUCAACUGUUAUUAAACUAUUCCGUGUUCCAUUUAAAGACACGUUACACUCUGCUUGCUUUAUACUAUAGACUCCGCCCACAAAAUAAACGAUGCAAAAAUCAGUUAAACCUUUAUUUUCACUCAGAAACGCAUCGAGCGUGACGCUCAUUUUCAGUGCAGCCAAGCAUUUAAGGGCGCACAUGGACUGAAAAUAAAAUAAAAUGGAAUUUGAUUCGUUUAAACUAAAAUGAACAAUAAAAUCAAACAAGAUAAAAAGGAAAACACAAGAACAGUUAAGAUCGGGAACAAUAAAAUAAAUAAAACCAAGAUGAAGUAGUUAAAACCAACUAAUAUAUUUCAACAUAAAGGGAUAAACAAGGCAAACUGAAAUUUGAAGCUAUGAAAUAAAAGUAAAUAACAAUAAAAGGGUGUUAGAAUUAAGAUCAAAUAUAGAAAAAGAUAUUAAUCAGUCAUAAAAGAAAAUAAAAAUUCUGGAUAAAAAUAAAGGAAAAAACCAAACUCGGCUAAAAGAGUUACAGGCACUUCCGAGGUGGCCGAAAUUUAUAAUGCCCACUGAGUUUUAAAGACUCAAAAAUGAAACUUCAGGAGAAUAAUCAGACACAAUCACAUCACUGUACCGUCUUAAAAACACCAAGACGUUUUGUUUAUUUCACAUUUUAUUAUUUCCAGUGGGUGUAACCUUAACAUUAUAAAGUGUGGUCAGUCGGGGGAAAAGUGCACUGACCGCUCCACCUCCAACAAGCACAUCGGCUCACGAGCUGCUAAAUUCUGGCGUCAUAUCGACUCCCUACCGAAUCAUAUUUCGUGUAAAUAAUAUGUAUAUGAGGGCUUCUGAUGCAAAUGACAUGCAAAUAAGUUACUUAAGAGUAUGCACUUGUUUUCACGCACGGAAGCGGAUUCAUCCUUUGCGCUCUACACUUAUUUCUCCGCAGUUUGUACGUCAUUCGGUGCCGUUUGCGCCCAUUUAUAUGCAGCUUUCAUGAAUAAAGACCACUGACUUUCGCUUUGAAGCCCAGAAUCUCCUACAAUCACAGGCUGUUAAUUAGUAAAGUGAGUUUCGUUUGACCACGUACAAGUGCUGAUGAUAUUACAAGUUACUAAUAUGCACUAAGCAACAAAGUCAGCUGGUACAAUGUAAACCUAAGGGUCACGGCACCAAAAAAAAAAAAAAAAAAAAAAAAAAAAAAAAAAAUCACAAAAGGUGUUUUCAACUUGACAAUGUGGACAAAAGCAGCUUUUAGGACAGACGCCUGUAGGAAUAAGUAAAAUAACGUAAAAAUCUGAUUGGCUACUUGUGUGCUGUCCACUCAUCUCCAAGCAUGUUAAUCGAUAUACAAAGCAAAUCUGACAUUUGGGCGCAGUGAUCGAUUAAUAUGCCGCUCAUCCUCUCCAGCACAUGAUGGCCAUUAUAUACAAAUAUAGUAUUUUAUUUUAUAAACUUUUAAUACAAUUUUAAUUGAAAGUUGAAAGGUUUCAAAACUGCUGCCUGGGUUGAAUUACACUGGCUUGGCUAAAGAACUUAGUGGAACAGAAAAGGCAGCAAAACUUCAUGAACGGUGAAGCUUUUUUUGAACGGCUGGUGCAAAAGGGCUCAAAAUAUGAUCAUAUCCAAGGCAGCCAGGCACCAAAUCAAUUAGUCUGAAAUUGUAGUGGAACAUGUCAACUUUUUACACGACAUCUAUAACAUACAUUGUAAGUGGCAAUCAUCGGGGUCCAAGCACCACAUGCCAUAUAGAUCCAAUAUAGGCAUUUUAACACACAACACAAAUGAUGGGUUGUUUUUUUUUUCUUUUUCUGAAAGAAAUAAAAAAAUUGUAAUUUGUAUUAUUUGACCUAAUGCAAAAGUUUUUUUAACAAAUAAGUCAGAAUAACUGACAUGCAGUUGUUGAACCCAUUGAACUGAAUUUAUUCCACAGCAUUUACUUCUUUCCCAGCAUUUUAUUCACAGAAUGCAACAGAAUACCUUCAUAUUAAAAUAACAAUUUCUCUAAAGGACGAAGCCUAGUAUCUGAAAUAAUCAAUGAAAUGAGCUCUAUCAGUAGUGAGGUUGAGGCUGUAGAAAAUGUUCUCAUUAUAACAAACGUAUUUAACGACAUUGAGACCAUUACUUUGAAUUUGAAGGCAUUUAUUUGGCCCCUAAACAGGGAUUGUGGUCCCAUUAUGCCCCCCCACCCAAAAAAAAAAUCCUAUCCUAUAAAUGUUUAUGUUGGUUGUCACGACUAGCUUAUGUAGGAGUCAUAAAGCCUUACAUACCCUGCAGUAAAGUGUACCAAAAUAUGUAAGACGGAGGCAAAAUUGGCUUGGUAAUACUUGACUAUGCAGACGUUAGGACCAAUCCUAAGGAGUCAGACUUAAAGUGUAGGAUUUAUAGGGUUUAAAAAAAAAAUAAAAUAAAAUAAAAAAAAGUUAGAAAAGAUUAAAGUAUGCUGCCAAUUUGCUAAGCACUACUUCAUACUUGAAGCUGAACAAAACAUGGCAGGAUGUGUUUAUUAUGCCUUUAAAAGCUUGUAUACGGUUUUUUGUGUGUUCCUUAGUUAUACUGCAUGUUUUAUUUUACCUGCAUUUAGCGUACCAUCAAUAUUAAAACAGACACCAAUUGUAGUUUAUUAGGCAUUGGAAUAAAGGCUUCAGUAGGAUUUUACGUUUGAAAAUGCUGAAAGAGGCUGUACAGUCUGGUCACACCGUUUCCUCUUGGUAUUUAAUUCUGUGACGCCUGAGGAGGCAUAACGGGCAAUCUGGAAGAGUUCAGUUGAGCUGUAUUUAUUAUGUGGACUGUUAAUAUUUUUUGUAAUGAAGUAUUAUUCCAACAAGCUUGAAUCUGUUCCCUGCCCCCCCCCCCGAUCCCCCUAUGAAUCAAUCUUGUUGGAUAUUACUGAAGGCUUUGAAAUUGGAAUGAAGCUACAAUGGCAGCUUUUUGUUUGGAACCGUUUUCGCUUGUCUGCUUGGUAAAGUCUGUUCAGUUGCUUCUGUUUCCAGUAACUGACUCCCAACCACAAGGGCUCAAUAUUGUGUUUUUUGAAGUCAAAUAAAUGUAUUUUACAUUAAA